AUGUCAUCAUUAUUUACUACAUCAUCAAAACAAAAAACACAACGAAAACAUAUGAGAAAUAAUGAAAUAUCAGAAAUAAUCAAAGAAACUAAAGGUUACUUGAAUGUUAACAAUACACAACAUAUUAGUAGUAAUUGUAAUAAUCUAUUAAAUUUAUCAAAUAAAUUAAAAAUACAAUCUUCAUCAUUAUCUUCUGUAUCUAAAUCUAAUUCAGUCUCACAAAUUGAAAAAAAACAUGCAUAUCAUCGAUGUCAAAAUAAAAAAACGACUAUUUCUAUUAAUAAAUGCAAACAAUCUCACACAAAACAUAAUAAUUAUCAUAGACGAAACAAUAUCCUAUCUGAUAUUACGAUUCUCUCUAUUGAUGAUAGUAAAAUGGAUACAAAUUUAAAUGAUAAUAAUAAAAAUUCAUCUUUAAUAAAUAAUCAAACGAAUGAUAAACAAUUAAAUUCGUCGACAAAUAAAAGUAAUACACCAGAUAUAAUAUCAUGGUGGGAAGAUAAUCAACAAGAAAUUUUUAAAAAUAAAAAUGAUGAUAAUGAUGAUGAUGAAAUGUUAAUAACAUCAGAUGAAAUUUUACAAAAAAUUGUUGAUGGUGCACUUAAUUUAAUGUUAACUAGUUCAAAAUCAAAAAUACAAAAACAAAUUCAAACAUUUAUCGAUCGAAAAAAAUUCCGACAAAAUAUUCAAUCAAAAGACGUUCAUAUUGAUUCUCAUUUAGAACAAAAUGUUCAAUCGUUAAAAAAUAAUGAUAUUAUUACACCAAUUAAUCCAACGAAUCUUGGUCAUCAAUUAUUAGAAAAAAUCGGUUGGAUACCUGGUAACGGUCUUGGUUUAAAUCAAGAUGGAAUAAAAACGCCUAUUGAAGUUAAUAUCCGUAAUCAUCGACAAGGUUUAGGAUAUGAAAAACAAAUCGAUAGAUACCAAUAA